AUGACAAGAACCAUUGUUGCAAAGGGAGCAAAGCGAAGAACAUCAAAGAAAUCAAGAACUGGAUGUCUCAGUUGUAAAAAAUUGCGAAUCAAAUGCAAUGAAGCAAAACCGAGUUGCGAAUAUUGUCUACAUAGAGCAAAAGAGUGUAUAUAUCCAAACAGCGUGAGAUUGGAAUUACAAGUGCCACUACAAGCACCAACCACCAUUCUUGGCCAAACCCCCAAUAAUCAAUCGCAUCAUCACCAGAUACCUCAAUAUGGAAUCCAAACUCCAAAUAGUGAAGAUGGCAGCUCCUCAACAGAUUCAUUAAUGGAUGAAGACUCUAACACCACCUACAUUGAUCAAUUGCUAAAUUAUACUCCUCAAAGUUGUGAAUACACACAAUGCUCCCAAGCAAAAACACCAACAUCAAUACAUUCAGAAGAACAACUACAGCUAGAAGAAUUUAAAGUAAGAAAUUACCAAAAUGUCGAACAAGACAACAUCAAUAGAACAAAGAUGCUCAACCAGGCUACUUCAAUACUUGGUAUUUCAAUGUUUGAACUUCGACUCCUAAAAUAUUUCGACGCGGCGUGUAUCUCAAUAUUCUCUCAUGACAUAAUAACACCUGUUCAUGACGCAUGGAAGUACAAGGUUCCACACUUGUUUUUCCAAAGUGACUUGGUACGCCAACUGAUAUUUUCAUUUGCCGCAAUGGGCUUAAGCACAGCAAUGGACCUCGAAUUUGUCCAAUUUACCGAUAACUAUACCUAUAUAGAAUAUGACCCUAUACAGGAGGAGGAGGAGGAAAAGGAGGAAGAGGCGAAAGAAGAGAUUGAAAAAAGACACAUACAAACAACAACAUCAUCAGCCUCAACUCAAAUGUAUUUCCAGCCAUCAAAAUACUUCUUGCAAACGAUUAGCAAAACUAGAGAUGUGAUUAAUAAUGCACAAGUUGUCCAUAAUGGAGGUUUUCUAAGUCAGAGUAUAGCCAAGGAACUAGCCGUUUCUAGUAUACUCACAUACUCCUUUUUGGGUUUACAGCCGCAUCGCUUAAUAAAAUUGAUCAAUUUCGAUAAACUUAAUUAUGAGGAACCUGAUAUGAUCUCUAUUGCAUAUGGGUCACGUGAAACAUUAGGCAAAUGUGAACCAACAAUUGUCAAUAGUGAUAUUGGAGGCUUGUUGUUUUUUCCUUCAUAUAAUGGGCGUUCGGGUCCACUGCUAAAAGACUGUGAUUUUCCAAUUAUUAAAGAUCUUGUGCAUGGUCUUUACGAAACGAUGGAUGCAGGUGAUAUCACGCCAGAGACUUCACAUGAUAUGUGUUUUUUACAUGUCCAAAUCCAGUGUUUGAGCCAUACAAUGUUUGGCGUGCAGCAAUAUGGAUUCCCGCUACCUCUUUUCCGGUACUUAAUGAUUUUGACUGAAGAGUUCAAGACUAUGUUGUAUGCUAAACACCCAUACGCAUUGCGUAUUUUGUAUGUUUAUUCUUGUUUAAAUGCAAUUGCGGGCUUUCAUUUCAAUAAAUACCAUAGUAUAUGGCGUGACUAUAUACAAUGGUAUGCGGAACAAGUAGCAAAUAGAGUGGAUGCAAAUAAGUGGGUUUGGUAUGAGAUGGAUGAGUGUUUAUAUGAAUUGGUGAUGAAACGAUAUUUUACCAUGCUGGAUUUUAGUAACUUUUCAUACUUUGACCCUAGAAUAAGUCUAUGCCAAAUUAAAGAAUAUGGAAAAGAAUAA